AAACACCACCUUCAAGGCCACCUGCACUGAAUAGAUAAUUGAACCGAUACUGUAGUCACCACCCCCAAAGACAAGACUCAACCAUGCCCGCCGAUAAACCUGUUGCCCUCAUUGUCGGCGCCUCUCGUGGCAUUGGCCGUCAAGUCGCCAUCGACCUCGCCAGCAACGGUUACGCCGUCGUCGUCGCAGCCAAGUCCGUCAGCGACCCUUCCAAGCCUGUUGUCCCUUUCCCUCCAAACCCCAACUCGCCAGCCUCCACCAUCACCACCGUCGCCCGUGAGAUCGCUUCCACCGGUGGCGAUGCAACCGCCGUCCAGGUUGACGUCCGCUCCCCAGAGAGCAUCCAGGCUCUCGUCUCGAAGACACUCUCUACAUACGGCCGCAUCGACGUCCUGGUCUACAACUCGGGUGCCAUCUUCUGGGCCUCAGUGCCAUCCACGCCCCUGAAGCGCUUCCAGCUCAUGCAGCGCGUCAACCCAGAGGGCCUCUACGCCACUGUCGAGGCCACCCUCCCUCACAUGCGCCCCAGCGGCCGCAUCAUCGUCGUCAGCCCGCCAAUUUACAGCCGCUUCUUCCGCGGCAAGACGGCCUACGCCAUGGGCAAGGUCGGCAUGAGCGUGCUGACCAAGGGACUCGCCAUGGACUUUGAGCGCGAGGGAAGCAAAGACAUGGCCAUCACGAGCAUUUGGCCUGCCGUGGCUAUUGAAUCUGGCGCCACCGAGCAGUUCACUCGUGCCAACCCAGACGAAGUAAACGACCUUCGCAAAGCCACCAUCUUCUCCGACGCCAUACUCGCCAUUCUAAAAGCGCCCCCUUCGGUUGUCAACGGGGAGCUACUCCUAGACGAGGAUUUCCUUCGGGAUCACGCCGGCGUCACAGACUUCUCCAAGUACAACGUCGUCCCCGGCACAUCCCCACGCCGGAUGCUCCCUCAGAAGCUCCCAGACUUGACUGUAGCGGAGCAGGAUGAUGAAGGAAAACGCUAUGACAGCAGCAAGGACAAGGCCAAACUAUAG